AAGGCGGUUUUCUAUUUGAGUCGUAUUUUUGUACAUCUAUAGAAUGUUGCUAUUAGAAACCUGAUGCGGUUCUGAAUAGAGUCCGUCAUUUGUCUUUUUGAUUUUGUAGCGUUGGGCGUGUGAUGAACAUGCUGGGCCAUCCUUGGAUGUGCGACCGAACGCGACUUGUGUAUUGCUUGUCACCAGCAAGGAGAUGGAUCUUUUACUCUGUAUUGCUUCUCGAAUUGGCGAGGUGUUUACACGACUGGAGAGCGCUGAGUUUGGGAAGAUCAGCGGAAAGUAGCCAGAAGGUAUGGGGGCUGCACACAUUACUAUGUAGUGUUAUUAUAAGAAAGAACUUCAAGACAUCACCAGAAGACUUUAAAAUCUGCAUCCUUCGACCUCAACCGACCGCACAGCGUCAGCGCAGCUCAUUCACUGUCAAGACGCAAAAUUUGACCAGGUAACCUGAACUAGUAUUUAGAAAUCAAAUAAUAUAUGAAGUAAAUCCAAUUCAUUUAAAACACU